AUGAUUACACCAAUUAAUAGUAACGUUCCCAAUACUACGAUUGACUUGUUUAGUAUUGAAAAGGAUAAGUUUGGACCAAGUUUCUCAUUAGAUUCGAAUAAUGACAAGUUUUACCUCAAAACUAAAGGUGAUACGGAAACAAGCAGUUUGAUCAAUCAAGAAAAUGUAGAAAACUCAAUUGAUAAAAUUGAUCACACUUUGGACAAGCUUGAAGCACCACUUGAAGAAAUUGAUUCGAAUCUAGAAGAAAUGAAAGAGAAAAUACGAAAGGUCAUGGAUUUAACAUCCGAAACUUUACAACAUUCAUAUCAACAGCCAACGACUUCGACUUUCGAACAAAAUACUGAAGAUGAAUACGAAUCUUCUUCUUCUUUUCAAUAUUUGAAUGAAAGAGAUUUGGUUGAAGAUGCAACUCAGAGAAUUAGGCAAACGAAUCCUCAUUCGAAUAGUAGCAAACGAAUCGUCUCGCCUCCACAGAGAAAGGAUUCGAAUGUGGAAAAGGUUCUGGAAAAUAGUUUUCAUUCUGAAAGAGUUUCUCCAAGAAGAAGAAAGAAGGAAGUUGUAGACGAAAUCAUUGACGAAGAAGUUGACGAAUUAAUCGAAAGUCCAGACGAAACCAUUCCUGCUGCAAAGGACACCAGAAAAUUCGUUACUAAGGAAGAAAACGAACCUAAAAAGUAUUACAGAAUUGCAACCAUGUCCACAGGUUUCUUAUUUCUCAUCAAUUCAUUCUUGUUAUAUUUUGGAGGAGAAGGUAAACUAAAUAUGGAUAAUUUAUACGGAUAUGGAGGUGGUAGCUCACAUUUACAAAGAACAGCUGCCGUUCUCUUCCUAGUGAUGGGAAUAGUCAAUUUGACUCCAAAUAUAUUUGGAGGAGAGGAUGGUUUCUCAUUAGAAAGAGCAGCUGAAUAUUUUCCAUUUGUGGUUGCUUUGCUAAAUGUUGUGGUUUCGGCUCAUUACAUAUUUGAGAAUAUUAGAGCGAGUGCUACGUUUAAUUGGAUUGCUUUUGCUGGAUUGAUUGUGUUUAUUGUGUUGAAUGUUAAAUUGGCAUCACUUUCGCAUCCUGGAGCACUUGUAAGAAAGAAGAAAUAG